CCAUCCUACUCCCCCCCACGCCCCGAAGGCGCGGCCCGAGGCGAGCUUUGCCCGGCCAAGAGACGGAGAAGCGCUCGCAGCGAAGAGGCAGAUUUUUCUUUGUUUUGACCCGAUUUGGCCCGAGCGAUUUGGUCCGGAAAUGUCUGGAAACAUCCAAGGUCCUGAACGGAGGAUCGUCCUGGUGGGCAAAACCGGCAACGGGAAGAGCGCGACGGGAAACACCAUCCUGGGAAGCCGUGUCUUCGAAUCGAAGAUGGCUUCCGGUUCCGUCACCAAGCGUUGCCAAAGGGAGGAGACGCAGGUGAGCGGCCGGAAGGUGGUGGUGGUCGACACGCCCGGCUUCCUCGACACCGGGCGUCCCGAGUUCGAAACGGGAAAGGAAGUGAAGAAGUGCGUGAAGUUUUGCACCCCGGGCCCUCACGUCAUCCUGCAGGUGAUCCGCCCGGGCCGUUUCACCCAGGAGGAGCAGGACGUGGCUCAGUUGAUCAAGGAGAUCUUCAGCCUCAACGCCAAGAAAUACAUGAUCCUCCUGUUCACCCGGAAGGAGGACCUGGAAGGGAAGGGCCUCGACCAGUUCAUCUCUCAGGGGAACUGCGCCCUGAAGGAGCAGGUGUACCUGUGCGGGAAACGUUACCUGGCUUUCAACAACAAGGCCGAAGGGGCGGAGCGAGAGGCGCAGGUGGCCCAGCUGAUGGAGAUGAUUGACGAGCUGGUGAAGAAGAACCAGGAUGCUCCUUGUUACACGGAGGAGAUGCUGGCGGCCGACAAGGAGGACCUCAGGAGCAGAUGGAACCUUUCCUGGUUGUGUCCACUCUUUUAGGGCAGGGCUUUUCAAAUUUUUCGCAGAUUGUACCCCUUUUAGGACAUGACAAUCUUUGAGUACCACCAGUGCUUAGCAAGGUGUCAAAAACUUGAUGACUAAAAAAAAUCGGGCGGAUUUGGGUUUUACUAAUUAGAUUCCUUGGCUGUCCUAGAAAUGGCUAGUUUAUAAUACUAUGGAAAAGUAAAAUGUUGGGGUUCAAUGUUAAUGCUUCCUUCUACGGCGGGAGGGAGUCUGUUCUUUUUCAUUUCUCCCCCUCACUUUUCCCCCCUUUUUCCUCCCCACCGUGUCCUACUAUUUGCUUUUGUAUUUUUGCACGUUAUUCUACAAUCGAAUAAAAUGUUACCAACUGUA